AUGCCCUUGUACAGCCAGUCAGCUUCCCUGCCCCGUCGCCAGUUCCUUCUUUCCCUGCGCUGCAGGUGGCGGCGCAACUGCCUCCACCGCUGGGGGAAUCUGAGCCAGCCCCGCGGGUCCCACCCCACCCAGCGCCGCGGGUCUCGCCCCGCCCGGCACUGCGGGCCCUGCCCUGCCCAGCCCUGCGGGCAGCGCCGGUCCCUGCGGCACCGCCUCCCGGGCCCGCGGGGCCGUCCCAACCAGCCCCACGGCUUCCGUAACCCGGAGUACAUGUGGCUGCUGUCCCCUACCCAGCGGGGGAGGCACUCCCUCCAGCCUCGCCGCCCCCACUGGCCCGCCGGGCGGCCUCGCCGCCUUCCGCCGGACCGGUCCCAGUUCAAGAUGAUGCUGAAAACGACGCCGAGCCCGCGGAACUGUCAUCAGAGCCGCCCGCGGUCCCGCCGCCCCCAGCGGAAGGUGGCGCGGCACCUGCACCCAGGCGGGCGGAGGCGCGACCAGUGCAGCCCCCCGCAGGAGGCGGUGGGACCCGCGGCCCCAGCGCGGAGACUGGCGCAUGUCACAGCCCGCCUUGGCCCUGCCGCCGCCCGCCGCUGGCCGCCGCCACGUCUCGGCUCCCGGCCCCUUCAUGCUCGGCGGACGACAUGCCCGUUUUGUAGCUGGAGCCCCCUCCUCUCGUCCCGUAAGUUCAGGACCAAACGUUCUGUGCUCGUCCGGCGGCUCUGGCGGAGCCGUGCACCCGGCGGAAAGGAGGAGGAGGUGGCGGCGGGCGAGUCCGGCGCGCCCGUGGCCGAGGCCGAGGCCCGGGCGCCUGCCUGCGGCGGGGAGUGCGGGUGCUGCCCGGGCAAGGCGGGCUGCGGCGGGCGGGCGUCGGCGGGCGCGGAGGCGGAACUGAAGGCGCUGAUCCACGCCGUGCUGAAACGGCUGAAGGAGCGGCAGCUGGAGGAGCUGCUGCACGCCGUGGAGUCCCGCGGUGGGUUGCGGACCCCCUGCCUGCUGCUGCCCGCCAAGGCUGACUCCCGGCUGGGCCAGCACUGGUACCCUCUGCCGAUGCUGCUCUGCAAGGUGUUCCGCUGGCCCGACCUCCGCCACUGCUCCGAAGUGAAGCGAUUAUGUUGCUGUGAAUCCUACAGCAAGGCUCACCCCGAGCUUGUUUGCUGCAACCCGCACCACCUCAGCCGGCUGUGCGAGCUAGAGUCUCCCCCUCCACCCUACUCCAGAUAUUCAAUGGAUUUUCUCAAGCCAAGUGCAAAUUGUCCAGAUUCUGUGCCUUCCUCCACUGAAACAGGGAGAACUAAUUGUCUAGCCUCUGGGAGGCUUUCAGAUUCCCAAGUUCUUCAGGAGCCAGGGGAUUGGUCACAUUGGUGUGUGGUGGCAUACUGGGAAGAGAAGACACGUGUGGGUCGGCUGUACUCUGUCCAAGAGCCCUCCCUGGAUAUCUUCUAUGAUCUACCUCAGGGGAAUGGUUUCUGCCUCGGACAGCUCAACUCAGAAAACAAAAGCCAACUGGUGCAGAAGGUCCGCGGCAAGAUUGGCUACGGCAUCCAGCUCACCAGGGAAGUGGAUGGAGUGUGGGUGUACAACCGCAGCAGUUACCCCAUCUUCAUCAAGUCAGCCACACUGGACAACCCCAAGUCCAGGAUGUUGCUGGUUCACAAACUGUUUCCAGGUUUUUCCAUCAAGGCUUUUGACUAUGAGAAGGCGUACAGCUUGCAGAGACCAAAUGACCAUGAGUUCAUGCAGCAGCCAUGGACAGGAUUUACGUUUCAGAUCAGCUUUGUGAAAGGCUGGGGCCAAUGCUACACUAGACAGUUCAUCAGCAGUUGCCCAUGCUGGUUGGAGGUUAUUUUAAAUAACCGAUAACUCAAGACAGAGUG